CAGGAGGUGAGCACCAGGCCCGCUGAGCCUCUGCAGAGCUGCCAGCCAUGCCCGGGAUUGUGGUUUUCCGGCGGCGCUGGUCUGUGGGCAGUGAUGACCUCGUCCUGCCAGCCAUCUUCCUCUUCCUCCUGCACACCACCUGGUUUGUGAUCCUGUCUGUGGUGCUCUUCGGCCUGGUCUACAACCCAAACGAGGCCUGCUCCCUCAACCUGGUAGACCACGGCCGCGGCUACCUAGGCAUCCUGCUGAGCUGCAUGAUCGCUGAGAUGGCCAUCAUCUGGCUGAGCAUGCGCGGGGGCAUCCUCUACACGGAGCCCCGCGAAUCCAUGCAGUACGUGCUCUACGUGCGCCUGGCCAUCCUGGUGAUCGAGUUCAUCUAUGCCAUCGUGGGUAUCGUCUGGCUCACUCAGUACUACACCUCCUGCAACGACCUCACUGCCAAGAAUGUCACCCUCGGGAUGGUCGUCUGCAACUGGGUGGUCAUCCUCAGUGUCUGCAUCACCGUCCUCUGCGUCUUCGACCCCACGGGCCGCACCUUUGUCAAGCUGAGAGCCACCAAGAGGCGGCAGCGCAACCUCCGGACCUACAACCUCCGGCAUCGCUUGGAGGAGGGUCAGGCCACCAGCUGGUCGCGCCGGCUCAAGGUGUUCCUGUGCUGCACUCGGACGAAGGACUCCCAGUCAGACGCCUACUCAGAAAUCGCCUACCUCUUUGCUGAGUUUUUCCGAGACCUCGACAUCGUGCCGUCCGACAUCAUUGCUGGCCUGGUGCUGCUCCGGCAGCGACAGCGGGCCAAGCGCAACGCCGUGCUGGACGAGGCGAACAAUGACAUUUUGACCUUCCUGUCUGGGAUGCCAGUGACCAGAAACACCAAGUAUCUCGACCUCAAGAACUCGCAAGAGAUGCUCCGCUACAAAGAGGUCUGUUACUACAUGCUCUUCGCCCUGGCCGCCUAUGGGUGGCCCAUGUACCUGAUGCGGAAGCCAGCCUGUGGCCUCUGCCGCCUGGCGCGGUCCUGCUCGUGCUGCCUGUGCCCCGCGCGGCCCCGCUUUGCCCCAGGAGUCACCAUCGAGGAGGACAACUGCUGUGGCUGCAAUGCCAUUGCCAUCCGGCGCCACUUCCUGGACGAGAACAUGACCGCGGUGGACAUCGUGUACACCUCCUGCCAUGACGCGGUCUACGAGACCCCCUUCUAUGUGGCAGUGGACCACGACAAGAAGAAGGUGGUGAUCAGUAUCCGGGGAACCCUUUCCCCCAAGGAUGCCCUGACAGACCUGACUGGUGACGCCGAGCGCCUCCCCGUGGAGGGGCACCACGGCACCUGGCUGGGGCACAAGGGAAUGGUCCUCUCGGCUGAGUACAUCAAGAAGAAGCUGGAGCAGGAGAUGGUCCUGUCCCAGGCCUUUGGGCGAGACCUGGGCCGAGGAACAAAACACUAUGGCCUGAUUGUGGUGGGCCACUCCCUGGGUGCAGGCACCGCGGCCAUCCUCUCCUUCCUGCUGCGCCCCCAGUACCCUACCCUCAAGUGCUUUGCCUACUCCCCACCAGGAGGCCUGCUGAGCGAGGACGCCAUGGAGUACUCCAAGGAAUUUGUGACGGCCGUGGUUCUGGGCAAAGAUCUUGUCCCCAGGAUCGGCCUCUCCCAGCUGGAAGGCUUCCGCAGACAGCUCCUAGACGUCCUACAGCGAAGCACCAAGCCCAAAUGGCGAAUUAUCGUGGGGGCCACCAAAUGUAUCCCCAAGUCGGAGCUGCCUGAGGAGGUCGAGGUGGCCACCCUCGCCAGCACACGGCUCUGGACCCACCCCAGCGACCUGACCAUCGCCCUGUCUGCCAGCACCCCUCUCUACCCACCCGGCCGCAUCAUCCACGUGGUCCACAACCACCCAGCAGAGCAGUGCUGCUGCUGUGAGCAGGAGGAGCCCACGUACUUUGCCAUCUGGGGCGACAACAAGGCCUUCAACGAAGUGAUCAUCUCGCCGGCCAUGCUGCAUGAGCACCUCCCCUAUGUGGUCAUGGAGGGGCUCAACAAGGUGCUGGAGAACUACAACAAGGGGAAGACGGCCCUGCUCUCCGCCGCUAAGGUCAUGGUGAGCCCCACUGAGGUGGACCUGACUCCCGAGCUCAUCUUCCAACAGCAGCCGCUGCCAACGGGGCCCCCCGUGCCCGCUGGCCUUGCCCUGGAGCUGCCCGCCGCGGACCACCGAAAUAGCGUCAGGAGCAAGUGCCAGUCUGAGAUGAGCCUGGAGGGCUUUUCGGAGGGGCGGCUGCUGACGCCGGCGGCGGCGGCCCGCCAGGACCCCGUGGAGCUGCUGCUGCUGUCCACCCAGGAGCGGUUGGCGGCCGAGCUGCAGGCCCGGCGGGCGCCCCUGGCCACCAUGGAGAGCCUGUCCGACACCGAGUCCCUGUACAGCUUCGACUCCCGCCGCUCGUCGGGCUUCCGCAGCAUCCGCGGCUCGCCCAGCCUCCACGCCGUGCUGGAGCGGGACGAGGGCCACCUCUUCUACAUCGACCCCGCCAUCCCCGAGGAGAACCCAUCCCUGAGCUCGCGCACCGAGCUGCUGGGGGCCGACAGCCUGUCCAAGCACUCCCAGGACACGCAGCCCCUGGAGGCGGCCCUGGGCAGCGGGGGUGUCACCCCCGAGCGGCCCCCCAGUGCGGCGGCCACCGAGGACGAGGAGGAGGGUGGCGGCGGAGGCGGGGCAGCCCCCGGCGGGGAGCUGGCCCUGCACAACGGGCGCCUGGGGGACUCGCCCAGCCCUCAGGUGCUGGAGUUCGCGGAGUUCAUCGACAGCCUCUUCAACCUCGACAGUAAGAGCAGCUCCUUCCAGGACCUCUACUGCAUGGUGGUGCCCGAGAGCCCCACCAGCGACUAUGCCGAGGGCCCCAAGUCCCCCAGCCAGCAAGAGAUCCUGCUCCGUGCCCAGUUUGAGCCCAACCUGGUGCCCAAGCCCCCGAGGCUCUUCGCCGGCUCAGCGGACCCCUCCUCGGGCAUCUCGCUCUCGCCCUCCUUCCCGCUCAGCUCCUCAGGCGAGCUCAUGGACCUGACACCCACGGGUCUCAGCAGCCAGGAGUGCCUGGCAGUGGACAAGAUCCGGACUUCUACCCCCACUGGCCACGGGGCCAGCCCCACCAAGCAGGACGACCUGGUCAUCUCGGCACGCUAGCACCCCAGGAGUGACUGCUGGCU